GGAAUUCCCUCUAGGAGCGCUGCAUGGCUAUAUAAUGAUCAGAUGAGGCAACGAUGACAACACACCUAUCAGUUUACGCCACACCUGAGUCAAAGAUCUCGGAAUCAUGCUGCCAAACUUUUAUUUAUACCUUGCCAGCUGUGUGCUGCUGCUCGCCUUGUCCUGCCAAGUCUCAAUGGGAACCCCAAUGCGCAUGCCGCGGAGUUUAGACUCUGAGAAAUGCUCGCAGUGCGCUGACCUCUCCAGAGAGCUCGUCAAGAAUGUUAAAAAGCUCCUGGACAACGAAAACCUGUUUGGGGGUUUAAACUGCUCGGAGCAGCGCGUGGAGGUGAACAGUAAGACCCAGACAGUCCUAGCCUGCGAACCCAACACGGACAUGAACACAAGAUGCUCUGGUCAACGGAACACCACAUUCAGUGAGAGUGAGUGUCUGAGGAACAUCCGAAUAGACCUAGAACAUUAUGCUGCCUCACUACAGGCUUACAAACAGGCCGACCUCAGCUCCACUGCCCAGGACACCCAGAACCUACUCAAUAUUUGCCCAUCCACACAAUGGGUGUCUUCCUCACAGGUUGCAGACCCUAAGCUGACUAGUGGUGACCCUGUGGACCAGAGGGUCCAUCUGUGUAAGGUACUGAAGGGCUUCCACCUCCGGGUCAUCACCAUCAGCAGAGCCAUGGGAUACAUCUCUGCUGGGGACCACAGGAAGUAAACCCUCAUCUUCAACACCAUCCGAUUCCUCAUCAUCAUCAACUAUAACAAGUAUUGACAAUCAUCUUCAUCAUCAUCACCUACAACUGUAACAAGUUCAUCAUCAGAAACACGGAUUGUUAUCUUCAUCAUCAUCAUCAACUACUUUGUCAUCAUAACUGCAUCAUCAACUAUAACAAAUAUUGACAAUCAUCAUCAUCAUCAUCAUCAUCAUCAUCAUCACCUACAACUGUACCAAGUUAAUUAUCAGCAACACUGAUUGUUAUCUUCACCAUCAGACAUCAUCAUCAACUACUUUGUCAUCAUAACUGUUGAAUACUGCACCACACUGUGUAUGAAAAGAUGAGUAAGACAUAAGCUAGCUAAACUCUUUUUGGCUCAGUUAGUGCUGGAUGACAGUAGGUUUAGUUCAAAGCUAAUCAAUGAACAUCAUGUUGGUCAAACUAUUUAUUUAUUUAUUCCU